AUGAGUGACGAAAGACUACCUAGACAAUGCUUUAAUAGGCUUAGAGCUCUAGACUCAUCCAUUGGAAAACCUGAUCCAACUUAUAACUGGGUUACCCAAGUAAAGAUGAUUGUGGCGGAACUUGGAUGCCAGGGGCUGUUUUCUUGUGUUUUCUCUCAAGGUGUGAUGAGGUUCAAAGAUGAAAUCAUGGAAAAAAUAAGAAACCAUCACGCAUCCAAGGACAUCGACAGAGUGUUAAACUCUAAAUCAAACCCAAGAUAUAGAAAAAUCUGCUCCUUUAAUGUUACCAGAGCAGAGGAUUAUCUUCAGGGCUCUGAAUUUAAACUAAUUAAGAGCCGCAGUGCUGUUCCUGCCGCCCUCAGGCACCGCCCCCUCGGCCUCCGGAGGCAAGAGCUUGGGGACGUAGUGGGGGUGGCCCCGCCGGUGCUGGUGGAUGCUGUUGAGUAUGAUGUUGCUAGAGGUCCUCGAGAGGGCGAUCCUCUGGCGAACUGCCUCCUGGUAGAUCCUGCAAGAGACCCAACGUUAUCUUAA